CGAUAAUAAAAAUUCCGUUAUAACAUAAAUAUUAGUUUACAGAAUAAAAAAAAAUAUAAAGAAACAAACCUUAACAAAACUCGAGUAGGUGUUUAUCUGACGAUGGACUUAAGGAGAAAGUAAACAGCUUGUUCAACAAGCGCUGGGUGUCGCUGUUGUCGCUACAAAUACGCAUGCGUUUUAUACAGAACUGACACGUGUCUCGCAGUUCAGCUCCCAGUUGUCUUCUCAUACAGCACGUCGACUACAUCAUCCAGCAUCCGACCUGGCUACUCCUGCAAAUCCUUGCGCAGACAGCAAAAUGCUGCGGCGCUAUAGGGCAGCUAGUGGUUCUGCUCUAGAUUUGGUACAGCUUCAAAAAUCGGACGUAGAAUCACCCCAAUGCUGUCAAGCAAACAGAUUAAGGAGAGUGUUCACGGCUCAUUCGCGUCGCAAGAAGAACAAAUCGAAUUCAACCGGGUUCUCCUUGAAUUUGGUGUUAAAGGAACCGUUGCGUUUAGCUAAUUCAGUGCCUUUGAACUUUGAUUUAUCUAGUUCCUCUUCCGCUGAUCUUACUGCUAGAAGAGGUGUAUUCAGUCGCAGACAUUAUGGAUCCGUUGAGAUGGUCUAUGGUUCUCCCAGUACUCCUGUCUUAGAGAACCCAGAAUAUCAGACAAGAUGGUAUUUCAAGUACUUUUUAGGGAAACUUCACCAAAAUUAUGUUGGAGCUGAUGCAGAUAAGAUUCCAUUCUUUCUUUCUGUGGUUUUGACAGAAGCAUCACAAGGUGUUCAACAAUGCAGAGCUGUUCUAUGGAAGAAAACGGGUGCAGAAAAAAUUUGCCUCUCUCAUUGUCCUAAUAAACCAUUAACUGUGAAAUCCAUAUUAAGCAAUUUUCAAAACAUGGAAAAAAUAGAGAAAGGCCCCAAGGAAAUUUUCAUACCAGAAAUUCAAAAGGCUAAAGCUGGACAGACAACAGAUGAUGAAAUGUUUAGUAAUGAAAUUGGUAGUAGAGAAUUCGAAAAUUUUAUUUUUCUUCUUGGAGAAAAAAUCCGUCUUAAAGGAUGGGAUAAAUUUAGGGGUGGACUUGAUAUUAAAGGGGAUAUGACAGGGAGGUAUUCUAUCUAUACAAUUUAUGAAGGUCAUGAGAUUAUGUUCCAUGUUUCGACACUUUUGCCUUAUUCCAAGGACAAUCGUCAGCAGGUAGAAAGGAAGAGACAUAUUGGAAAUGAUAUAGUAAAUAUCAUAUUCUUAGAUGGGAAUAAUGAGGAUUUUUCAAAUUUCAAGCCUUCCAUGAUCAAGUCGCAAUUUACACAUAUAUUUGCUGUUGUAAGCCAUAGCAGGGAGGAUGAUUCUUAUAGAUUAUCAGUUUAUUCAGAAGAAUCAGUUCCAUUAUUUGGUCCAACUUUACCAUGUCCACCUUUUUUUACAAAUCAUCAAGAAUUUCGAGACUUCUUACUUGUUAAAUUAAUAAAUGGAGAAAAAGCUGCCUUUAACACUCCAACAUUUGCUCAGAAGAGAGAACGUACUUUAGAAAUGUUAAUUAAGGAUUUAUAUGCAGAACAUAUGUCAGAAAAUAGAAGUAACAUGUUGAAUCGUCGUGCUUUUAGCGACGUUCUUCCAGAAGCACCAAAAGGAUCAAGAAGAAAAGAAGAAGCACGUCAAGUCGAAUUUGUAAGAAUAGGACAGGCAUUAAAACUGGAUACCAUAGUAAAAGGAGAUGCACCCACUAGUUUGGCAACUACAAGUAUUUUUAAGAGAGAGCCAUGGGAACCGCAUUGCUUCUAUCCAGAUUUUCCUAAUGAAGUUAUCUGUGGAGAUUCUUGGGACGAUAAUAAAGUCGUUCUAGCCACUGAAAUUGGAGUAUUUCUGAUAGAAGAAGGUAUGAGCCACCGUUUAAUAAUUGAUAGAACUGUUCAAGUAAAACAAUUAAGCGUUGCAGAAGCGCAUGGAAUUCUUCUUGUUCGUGUUGAGAAAGGAAGAGAUAGUCGAAUUCAUGUAUUUCGAUUAUCGGAUUUCGAAGAUGAGAAAUCGGAAUCUUCAACAAAGAGCAAAAACGACUUGAAAGAUCAUAAAUUAGAAAGAACUAAAGGUUGUCAUUUAUAUGCAGUUAGUAGGCCAGGCUGUAGUCAUUUACGAAUGGUUGUAGCUAUAGGAAAAAAACUAUUGUUAAUGCAAUGGCGCCAUUCCGCUGCAUGGACAGCUUGGUGUUCUUCAUCCGAUACAGAUACCGUUGAGGGAUUUCAAUUUAUCAGGGAAUUAUCUGUUGCUGAAGUACCUCAAAUUAUAACAUUGGUGGAUUCGCCGAGUGGGAACACGGAUAAUCAAAUUUGUGUGGGAUAUAGACACCAAUUUUAUUUAAUUAAUGAGAAAAAUAAUAAUUUGCAUCAUCUUUAUACUGUAGAUAGCCCAAGAGUACACUUAGUGAAUGCAAUUGAUAUGUAUGAAGAUGAUGAAGCAGAACUUCUUUUAUCCUAUAAUCAUACGACGCACUUACAGAAGGUAAAUGAAGACGAAGCACCCCAAUUUAGCUUCCAAUGGAAUUCUGUACCAGAAUCUGUAGUCUGUGCCUUUCCAUAUGUACUGGCUUUUACAAUGGACACAAUUGAAAUCAGAUUAGUAAUUAAUGGAAAUUUAGUGCAUAGUAUGACAAUGCCUAAAUUAAAAUUUAUCACAACAAAGAAUGAUAUAUAUUUCACAAGCACGGCACCUGAAUUUUUUGAAGUUAAGCGAGAACGCGUAAAAGUAGAUAGAAUGGAACGUGACCCUAGUUUAUCUCCACCAUCUUCACCUCAUAGUUCUGCUCCAGUCGUCGCGAUGGACACACCUAAACCAUUCCGAAUAUAUCGUAUAUCAUUUGGGUGCCUAACUGGUGGUACCCCUCCUGUCAGACGAGUCCCUACUCCCUCCAUACCGUCUCCACCAUCUAUGCUCAAUGCUCCCAUGUUGGGAGUCAAUUACCUUUCCCCAGACAAUCAAGUUAAUCAUCAUCUGACUUGAUGUUCCUGCUCUCAGGACGGCAGUAAGGAGUAUCGACUGCGUGCUGAUCAAAGACCUAGUCGAAGUGCCACCUCUUCACCCAUACCACAAAUCCCUAUCGUUUUACAUCACCAGACAUCACCCAAAAGAGGACUAAACAAAGACCAUACUCAUUCUGCGAGUUCCGAUUCUGGUAUUGGGAAAAGUUUAGGUUCGUCACCUCCACCGAGUCCCAACAUCUUUUGUGAUGUUCGUGAAGAAACGACUUUCGACGUGAAAUGACUUUGUUGAAGAACUAUGAGGUUGACAUAUUUUUCAUUCUAAUCUUCGUCGAUUCUCUUAAAAAAAA